AACAUUGCACUAAAACUACGAAUGUAUAAAAAGACGUGGCUUGGCGCUCUUGUGUCUUUUUAAAGCAAGAAUGGCGGGGAAAAUAGUGAUUUUGGCGCUUGCGUUAUCAAUUUGCAAGGUCCAAUCACAAUCAAUUGGCUGCUGUUCACCGUCAUCAAACAUUAAUGGACUAAAAGCAUCACCGCAACUCCAGUUUGUACCAGGGCAAAAUUUUAACCUUCAAGCUAUACCCCUUUCACAAUUUUCGCCUCAGUCUCAGGGGUCACAAGGGUGCAAACUACAGAAGGCCCAAUCAGUGGUCAAUGUUCCAAAACAAAAUAUCCAAGUAUCUUCUACACCGCAGAUUUCAUCAUCUUGCGCCCAACCCUCCAAUGUACAAUGCUCUCAACCCUGCCCUCAAGUCAUCACCGCCCCAGUGUCUUCCAUCACCAUCCCGCCAACGGCCUGCACCACCGUCAUCGACUGCUCUCUCUCCAACGCUCUAGCCAACGCUUUACAAAUGAUGAUCGCCAACGACUUUAUCAACUCCGCCGUCAGCAACAACAUCAUCAACCAAGAUAUCUCCAUACCUGUUGUUGAAACUUCCGUACCUUGUGUUGACCUUAACUCUUACAUUAGGAACCUUAACGCUAACCAGCUAAGUGAAAGUCAGACUGUUCAAUUUUAUGAACCCGAACAAUGUGACGGCUACGAUUGGGAAAAACUCCUAAGCUAUAUAAACGGAGAGAAGAAGAAAGAACCAGAGCCAUUAAACAAAAACGAUGCUUUCUUUAAAUAUUUAAUAGAAAAGGGUCAAACUGCGUAUCAGAUCACUAAACAACCCGAAGUUCCAAGCAUCACACCAUGCGUUCAAAACCAAGAUGACAACGCCAUUCUUCAAGCUUUAGAAGCGUAUUUUGGUAACAAUAAUGGUGACACAAGCCCAAAAUAUGGAAAUGCAGCUGAAGUAGUGUUCCCGGAAGAGAUCCCAGCGCAGUUGAUUUGCAAUUAUGGAUAUAUGCCGACAACAGUGCCGGUUGUUAGCUUUUCUUGUCAGCCAUUAUAGAUCCUAAUUGUAAUUUUAUUGUUGGUGCUGGUGGUCAAACUUUUUCUUGUUAGUUAGAGCAAGUGAAGUGUCUAAUUAUAAAAUAACAUGUCGGAUAGGGAACACUUUUUUAUUACUGGAGAUAAAUAUACACGCUAAAAUUUCUUCUGCUACAAAAUAAUUGCUCACUCAUCGCGUAGGUGGCAGUGUUUUAAUUUAAAUCAAUAAUGCUAUGUUUGAUUUUUUAUAUUUAUGUGGUUAGAAAGUAAUCGAGUUGAUUUCACACAACAAAAUCCGGCAACUCAAAAAUCUAUGACCUAAAUAUCACAUGACAAUUUUAACAGUAAAGCUA